AUAAUGAUGAACGAAAACCAACCUCAGUUACUCUCUAAGAUUGCCACCGGCAAUGGCCAUGGUGAGGACUCCCCUUACUUCGACGGGUGGAAGGCCUAUGAAGAUGAUCCCUUCCACCCCACCAAGAAUCCUAACGGGGUUAUCCAAAUGGGUCUUGCAGAAAAUCAGCUUGCUUCGGAGUUGGUUCAGCAUUGGUUACUGAAUAAUCCGGGGGCUUCCAUUUGCACACAAGAAGGACUGCGUGAUUUCAAGGCCAUUGCCAACUUUCAGGAUUAUCAUGGGCUACCGGAGUUCAGAAAUGCAGUGGCUAAAUUCAUGGGAAGAACGAGAGGAAAUAGAGUAACGUUCGACCCUGAGCGAAUUGUUAUGAGCAGUGGAGCAACGGGAGCACACGAAGUGACUGCGUUUUGUUUGGCAGAUCCCGGUGAAGCAUUUUUGGUCCCCACACCUUAUUAUGCAGGUUUCGACAGGGAUUUAAGGUGGAGAACGGGGGUUCAACUUGUUCCAGUUAUCUGCAAAAGCUCUAACGAUUUCAAGUUGACGAGGAAAGCAUUGGACGAGGCGUACGAGAAAGCCAAAGAGGACAACAUCAGAAUAAAGGGGUUACUGAUUACCAAUCCAUCAAACCCACUGGGAACUGUGAUGAACCGAGAAACUCUAAGAACAGUGCUGGGUUUUAUCAACGAAAAAAAGAUCCACCUAGUAAGCGACGAAAUAUACGCGGGUACGGUUUUUUGCUACCCUGGAUUCACGAGCAUCGCGGAGGUAGUGGAGGAAGACAAAGACAUAGAAUGUGACCGUGACCUUAUCCACAUUGUUUAUAGUCUUUCCAAGGACAUGGGGUUCCCCGGUUUCAGAGUUGGCAUCAUAUACUCUUACAACGACGCAGUGGUCAGUUGCGCUCGGAAAAUGUCUAGCUUUGGGUUGGUGUCCACGCAGACACAGUACCUUAUGGCAUCAAUGCUUUCUGAUGAUGAGUUCGUGAAAGGGUUUCUGGAAGAGAGUGCAAAGAGGCUUGCACAAAGGUAUGGGGUUCUUUGUAGGGGUCUUGAGCAGGUUGGCAUAAAGUGCUUGGCGAGCAAUGGCGGACUAUUUGUGUGGAUGGAUUUGCGUGGUCUUUUGAAGAAGGCGACGUUUGAGGCGGAAAUGGAGCUGUGGAGAGUGAUCAUUCACCACGUUAAGAUCAAUAUUUCCCCUGGCUCUUCCUUUCACUGCUCUGAGCCAGGGUGGUUCAGGGUCUGCUAUGCCAACAUGGAUGAUAGAGCCGUGGAGGUUUCUCUGGCGAGAAUGCGCACCUUUGUUCGUCAGAACACAGAAACAAAGAAGAAAUCUUGCAGCUACAGAAAGUUGAGUCUGAGCUUCUCAUCCAGAAGGUUGGAUGAUUUUUUGGUGUCACCUCACUCACCUUUUCCUCAGUCACCUCUAGUUAAAGCCUCCAAUUGAUGAUCCUAAGGUUGAUUCUUGCUCUAACCAAUGACAUUACACACUGUUUCAUGGAUAUAAUAACUCCAUGGUCUUCGUCUCUCUUAACUUGCAAACGAUGGA